AUGUCUGAACAAACAAUUAAUAUAACGCAAUUACUUCAUACAUUUCAAUUAUUUGAUAAAAAUAAAGAUGGUUGUAUCAGUUCACUUGAGCUUCGAUCAGCAUGUCAACAAUUACAAAUGCCAAUUGAUGAAAAACGAAUGAAAGAUUUAUUUGUAAAUCGUGAACAUAUAACAUUUGAUGAAUUUUGUCGUAUAAUGCAAGAUUUUGGUCAUCAUGCACAUGAUGCUUAUUUAAAUGAAACAUUUCGUGCAUUUGAUAGAAAUUCUGAUGGAUUUAUAACGGCAAAAGAAAUAAAAAAAACUAUGAAAAAUCUUGGCGAACCAUUAACUGAUAAACAAGCAAAAGAUAUGCUUAAAACCGCAGAUGCAAAUGGUGAUGGAAAAUUAUCUCUUGAAGAAUUUCGUACUUUAUUCAAUCAAAUUACUCAACAUGCAUCAACUCCACCAAUAUCCCCAUCAUCUUCAUUACCAAAUACUCCAAAUAGAGGACGAUUUUCAAAUCCAUUUCGACCACAAACUGAAUAA